AUGUGGGUGAUCUUAAACUUCACAAAUUUGCCACCUUUAUUCGGCCACUCGACGUCGUUCUGCUACACAUUUUCUGGUCCACAUCCACUGAAGCGAACUUAUCACAAUUGUGGUGGCUGUUUCUCAAAGUUGUGUCUUAUCAAGAGGAUGAGAAUCACGCGAACUCGUUGUCUGCCGUCUGCUCAUCCGCCACAUCUCCAUGGUCCAUUUUACCCGGUCUGGACAGAAGUAGCCGAGCGAAGGGGUACAGAAAAUUGGGGUGCAGGACAAGUCAAGUGUAAAAUGUUCAAGUGUUCACUCAUUUUUCGUGAUGAUAAAAGAGGCCUAACUUGUGCCGCUGGCGAAGGAAAGAAGAGUGGGAUGGGAAAUGGCCAACACGACUGCCCGUCACUUCACACACCACUAAGCGGUGUUCCGAUAAUGCACAUCACUACUCCAAGUCGAAAAACUAAUCUGAACAGUCUACCCAAGCGUUUCAAAGACAUCUUCCUUUUUCUCUUGGCCUUAACGAGCCUGGCUAUAGAUCGAGUUAAAGCUAGAUCUUGUCAAAAAGUAAAGUGA